UUGGCUUAGAAACCCUAGAAAGAAUGAUGAAGAUGAGAAGCCAAUAUUGUGUAGCGGUGGUUGCUAUGUUUCUGCAGAUAUCCACAGCGAUUUCAGAGCCAGCGAUGGCUCCAGCAGGACCAAACCUCAUUCAACAAGUCUGCAGCCACACCUCUUUUCCCAAACUCUGCGUCUCCUCUCUCUCUUCCGACCCUUCGAAUGUCGCCUCCAAUCUCCAAGGUUUGGCAUCAAUCUCUAUCGGCGUAGUGUCGAAGAAGGCUAACGAGACGAUGCAAUAUCUUGUCGAAGAAAUCGCGAAGAUUCGUGAGAGAGGCGACUUCGAAAGGUACGGAAGUUGCAUUGAGGAGUAUGCAGCCGUCAUCGAUAGAUUUCUGCCGGCGGCUUCGGCUCAUCUGAAGGCUCAAAGGUAUUCCGACGCAAUCACGGUUAUGAUCGAUGUCUCGAAAAGCUCGCAGCACUGCGAAGAACAGUUCGCAGGGAAGUCUCCGUUGUCGGAACGUGACCUUACCGUCCAUGAUCUCGCUGUUAACUCUGCUGAUGUUAUCAAAGUGUUGGCUAGCCCUUAACAUUCUAUAAACGCAGAAAAUGCAAUUUAGAAAAUAAA